AUUGCGGUAUGUGAUUUAUAUGAGUUUAUUUAUUGAUGUGAAGUAGAGUUUGUGAUAAUGAAUAUACCAUGUCUUUAUCCCUUCAGACAUAUAAUAGCAUAUGCACCACGGUCGAAAAAAAAGAGCAAAAAGAAAAUCUCCCGUAGGUUGCAUAAUAUACUAAUUUUCCUAUAUAAGCUAUGAGUGAGAUCAUAAUGAAUUUGCUCGCAUUGUUCAGACUAGGGUGAUUUGAGGGCGAUCGAUUUGGAGAAUCUGAAACCAGGGGGGUUGUCAGUCGUUAUAAAAUUUUUUCAAAUAUUCCCGCUCUUUGUUUAAGUUCUUGGCUUUUAGGCGGACUAAGUUGGCUGUUCUGGCCGUUAGUCUUGCUGGUGUGCUUUUGAAUGGAGCUUUUGAAAUCCGAGUAAGGGAUGGUUGAGGGCUUUGGAUGACGAAGAUGAUAAUGGUGAUAAGCGAGGAAAAAGUAUAGGAAGUUGGUGAUUUUUAACAGGAUUUUCCAACGCUCUUUAUGUCCAAGAAGACGCAAGCUGUACAAUAUGGCGAAAUGAGUAGUAGAGAUAUAUCAUAUAUAUGCAACAGAUAUAUUAUCAUUAUUCAGUAACUAACGCUACGUCUCGAGUGACUUUAUAUGAAAAUAAUGGAUAAUGCGGAAUUGUUGUUUUUUGAUACAUUUUCUCAUGAUAUUUCCGAGGAAUUAAAUUUAGAUUUGGUGCAAUUUCCAAAGCCAGUUUACAUCAGUGAGGUUAGAAUAAUUCCUCUUGGUGCAAGAGUACAAGCAGACUUUCCAGGAGGCGUUAGGCUCGGAGCUACAAAUCCCUCACAAUUUGAGAUUGAAUUCUUCGUGAAUGACCUUAGCAAGCCUGGAGCAUCAACUUUUGAAUCUCUGGGAGGACUAGAGUACAAGCAGAAUGUCAAUAUCCAGUUGGAAUGUGAAAGAAAACAGAUACCUACUGAUGGGCUUGUCCUCCGCGGCUGGUACACCACAAUAACCCUAGCUGUUUACGGAUCCCUCACCAAGUCUCUUUCUAAUCCCUCCGAACUUCAUUCUUCAACCUCAACUACCCCAGUUUCAGUUCCAGCUCCAGUUCCCGUUCCAGUUCCAGUUCCAGUUCCAGUUCCAGUUCCAGUUCCAGUUCCAGUUGCAGUUUCAGUUGAGCCACCAACUCCAACGACACUUGAAACCUCGGAAAUCCUCCAACCGGACUGGUACUAUGACAACAACUUAGUUCAGCCUCAGGUAUCAUCUCAACCAGAGCCUUUACCCCCUACGACCUCUUUAUCCAUCCCUCAAUCCAUCCAAACUAUUGAAAUUAUUCAACAGUCUGCAGACCUUCCUCCAGACCUCUCUCAAAAAUGGAGCCAAGAGUCAACGAAAUCCUCUUCAAAAAUUUCAAAGAAACCUGCAUCUCCCCCACCAGAUUCUCUCGUUUCUCUAAGUCCAGAAUCAAUAUCAGCUGAAGAGGAAGAUGAAGAAGCACAACAGCAGCAACAACAACAGCAACAACAGCAACAACAACAACAGCAGCAGCAACAGCAGCAGCAGCAGCAGCAGCAGCAGCAGCAGCAGCAGCAGCAACAGCAACAGCAACAACAACAACGGGAAGGAGGAGAAGAAGAUGAAGAAGAGUCAGAGGAAAAUCACCAGGAACAAGAAGAAGAAGAGCAAGGAGAAGAAGAAGAAGAAGAACAAGAUGACGAAGAAGAACAAGAAGAAGAAAUAGAACGAGAGUGUGAAGAGCCCGAACCCGAAACAGUGGAACCCUUUGAGCCCAUUCUAUCUGACGAAGAACUUAUGAACGAUGAUAUCCCUCCAUCUAGUACAGACUACCAAUCAGAUAUAUCUGCAGAAUUUCAGCUGCUUGAGCCUCCAGAUCUACUAGAUCUCAUGCCACUACCUCUGAAAUUUGAUGUUUACCGGAAAUUUCAAUCAGAGGAUGGUGAAAAGAUCCAAGACAUCCUCAAGGUUCUUUCAAAGUCUGUAGUCCAUUUGAAUAAUGCACCUGGCCAGGAGAAAGAGAGCUUCGUUCAUAAUUGUGAAUUGUUAUGCUUAUAUUUAAACUCUGUAUCUGAUAUAGAGGCAAAGGAUCUUGAGGAUUUAUCGGAAAUAGUUAAUACAGGUUUAGACAUGGAAUUAGCAAGAGCCCAACCUCAGCCUGCGUACAAAGUUCGGCAUAUUAAGGUAGGAGUGAGAUUAGCAGAGGCUAUUUGCGCAUUUCAAAUGGGUCCUGAAGUACUUUUAAAAGUAGACGCUCCCCGUAAGCUCUUGACUCUGUGCAUCAGAGAGAAUGUUGCCCUCCCUGUCAAACUUGCUGCAAUCAGAGCUCUUGAUGCAGCUCUCAUUAGUCCAAAAGUUGUUGAUAACUUUUUAAUGUCGGAGAACAAUCUUUAUAAAAUGAGCCUAAUAAUGCUGGAUGAGGCAAAAUUAGCCAGACUCAAAUAUGCACUGACUUCUUUGUUGCGGAAGAUUCAUGUAUAUGAACUACUUUGUCAAAUAAAAAUGACAGGACUAAAGGAAAUUGAAACUAUUGAGUUGACUCAGGCUUAUACUUCUGCUCCAACAUUAAUGGCACAGCCUAAGCGCCAGUUACCAGUGAGUAUGCAGAUUGAGUUUGAAAGAGACAUUGAGAGAAAUCCUCAGAAGCACCUGAUCGUCUACUUCAGUCAUCAUGGUUUAAUGAAAUUAAUAUUGUUGGCAUUAGUGAAGCCAGAUUCGUCGAUGGAAUUGAUAAAAGCUGUUAGAAAAUUUCUAAUUGACUUGACGCAUAGUGGAGAAGGUCUUUUAUAUCUGUUAGAGGAUACUGAAGUUACUAAAUCCAUUCUCAAAGCUCUCAGAUAUAACCAGCCAGGAGUGGGAGCAGACAUUGCCUGGCGUCUUCAAAUCACCCAGUGCUUAGCCCAUUUAAAACACUCACAAAUGUCAAAAACUUCGAAUCAAACCGAUUGGAUGAUAAUGAAGAAACUCUAUUCCUUCUUGAGGUACUCCCAAGGUUUAUAUGCCAUUAUUUCAGUGAUAUCUAUAGGGACAUUUAUGGAUAUUUUAAUGCCUUUACUAGCCGACAGGGAUUUAUCGGAAUUCUCGGCUGAAAUAAUAUCUAUGACCAUCAAAUACUCGAACAAUGUUGAAAUUCUCCAGACUCGAGCCUCGUCUCUUCUAGAUGCUUCAACAACACAAGUCAUUCUUCGUGAUAUAAGUUCUUAUCUCAAUACUGCUCUUCCGCACGCCAAUUGGAAUUACAACGAUGUCUCUUCUCUAGUGUCAAUAAUUCGCAAAUAUACAGACAAGUCGUCGGCGCUUCCCGGAGAAUUGCUAACAUCCUGUAGAAUUCUUUACCAUUUAAUCUUCUCUUCUAAUGGAGACAUUGAUCCAAUGGAGUCUUACAUGGAGUUGAAGCACAAAAAUGUUUUGACUCAGUUGUUUGCCGCUGACGGAUUACCAUCUCUCGUGGCAGUUCUAUCGAAUUUAACAAAUUACUACGAACAGCCAUUCCUUCAUCGAGCAGCAUUAAGUGGUCGAAGAGGACUGGCUCUAAUUGGUCUAUUAACAACAUGUGUUAGGCUCAUUCGAGCGCUUUUACAGCGAUUAGUUGAGUGUAUGGCUAGCGAUUUCAAGGAUUUAACUCCAGUAUCUCCACUUCUUGGAGUUUAUUCUUUAGUCGAUGCUAUUCCAGAGUGUGAGCAUCUCGUGAAAGUUCUCCAAGAUGAAAUAGCAGAAAGCCUUUUAUUAUUCACAAAAGCAGUGGACUCGGACGGCACUGGAAAUAUCGCCAAGUCUCUUUGGACGCAAAUGUUAGGAGAAGUUUUGAAGAUGAUUUCCACGAGGGCGUGCAACUUCCUGCCAGGAUUGAAGCUCUUAGCGAGACUCUUGCCACCUACUUUACGUGAGGUUGAUAAUCAUGAGAAGAAUAUAGUAAGAGCUCUGGGAGUGAGAAAACUAUGGUCUGCUCAUCUUCAAGCACAAGCUGGCAACCUAGCCGAGACACUGAGACUCCUAUGUGCCUCUUGGAAUGAACCUCUUCUCACCCUUCUAUCGACAGUAUGUAAACAACUGAGUGAUUUAGCAGCACCAACGGCUUUACUCGUUGGAAGAUGCUUAUUGGAUAGAAUUCUUACAGCGGCACCAUUGGAUAAUCACAUACCAACACUGGCUCUUCUUAACGAUCUCACUCUUCAUCCCCCAGUGAAAGCCACCCUGCUCACACUCAUGAGUCCAACAUCACGAGCUCAAGUGAAAUCCGAUCAAAAGUAUCCACCAGUGGUAGAGUUGAUGUGUGCCACAUUGAAAAACACCAGCGACAUCAAUGUUCAAUAUGAAAUUUUGCAAGUUUUUCAUACUCUUUGCGAUGAUACAUUGACUUUAGUCCAGGAUAACACAUCUGAGCCCUCCGAGAUCAAAUUAACUCACUCGGUCCCCAGCAAAGAGCCCUUAAUUACCAUUUUAACUGCCUUGAUUGAUAUUUUGGGAAAUUCGCGAAAAAAUUCAAAGAUUAUUCUGGAAAUGAGUCUUCGUGUUCUCCUAUCUCUUACAAAACAUAACUAUGGUCUUUAUCACGUUAAAAGCUGUCUGGAAAAUAAUCCAGGGGCGCUUAAGGUAUUUUUAGAUCAUGUAGGAUGUUUGAUGGAAAAGGAAGCUAAUAAUUCUGAUAACGAUCAUAGCUUAACUAUGUUAACUGUUUCAUUCUUGGAAAGUCUCAUUACCUGUGGUAAAUCAAGCAAACGGUCUUUAUAUCUGAGAUACUCUCAAUUGGCAAGUUUGAUUAUGUGGGAAAAGGAUGGAUCGACUCCCCAUCCACUUGAGAAAAUUUGUACAAGUGAGGAUUUGGUGAAUGAUUUGAAAACGGCGCUGGAGAUGAAAGAGGAGAAGGAACCAAUACCAGAAAUGUUGGAGCCUCUGUUACCAACUCCAGAAGCACUGUUGAAUCAAUUCUCCCAGAGAUCAAUCAAGAGAUUGGCCAAUUUCUCACCAGCCAGAUCAAGAAAACGUCAUUGUGCUCCUCGGAUUACUUACGAAUCAACUCCAGUCGAUUUAAUAUCUCUAGCUGCUGAAUUGUUACCUCCGGAUUUUAAUUUAUUAACUGAAACUCAACUUGUAUGUUCAAAGGCUCCACUGACAGAAUCAAUGGAAAGUUUAAAGAGCAAGGAGGGUAGAGUUGUUACAAGGGAUAUUCAAAGAUUACACAAUUGCAUUGUUAACAAGACUAAGCAGCCGUUCGUAACUCCUAUGAGGGGAAGGAGUCAAUUUGUCACCUCCCGGGGAGGGAUGUCCUCUGGAGCGGUGGGCAGGGGCGCCGAUCCUUUCAGGUCUAGACCCCCAAACACCUCAAGGCCUCCUUCACUUCAUGUCGAUGAUUUUGUAGCUUUGGAAACUUGCGGGGCUCAACCUACUGGACCUACCGGAUAUAACAAAUUGAGUAUUAGAGGCUCAGGUCCACCCAGAGGGGUUAUUUCCGGCAACAGGUGUCGUACUUGGGUUGCUGAACCUCGACCACCCUACCUUAGAUAAGAUAUUCAAAUUGUUUUUACUUCUUUUCGAUUCUAUUGUACAACUUUUUGGCAUGAAAUAUUAUUCCUGCCAUGUAAAUAUUGAAAUAAAUGUUUUUCACAAAUUUAUCAAA